GCCGCGCCGCCGCGCCGCGUGGGACCACCCCGAGCUGCCGCCACCGUGGCCGACGGGGGCGGGGCCGCGGCCCGGGGAACCGCUGGCCGAGGAGGCGCCCCCAGGGCCGCCGAGGGGCGAGCUCACGUCGCCGGACUCGGUGGCGCCGCCCCCGGGCGCGGCGGCCGUGGACGCCGGCAGCUGGAUCGUCGACGGGCUGUGGCGAGGAGGCUGCUCCGAGAGGGUCAACUCUCAGGAGUACAACAGCUCCCAGGAGACGCUCGCCAUGCGAGCGGGCCCCGCGCAGAACCCCGUGGAGUCGAGCUUGCCAGCGACUUGGUCCUACUGGGACGGCCCGGUGGCUGCCGCGCCCGCGACGCAGCUGGAUGCCACCCGCGACGAGGCCGCCUCCGCGGGUGACGCCGAGCCGUGCUUCGCCGCCACCCAGGCCUACCCCGAGGCGGGGGCGUCUCCGACGCCCGGCGCCCGGCCGCGGCCGGGAGGCCGCCAGCUCGGCCCCUCGUUCAGCAUCGGCUGUAGCGCCACGCUCUCCGGAGUCGCCCGCCUCGUCAGGGGCAUGCUGCCGACGAUGCUCGCCUCCAUCUUCCGCGCCGACGAGGGGGCCGCGGGCCAGCGGAAGCAGCCAGCCGACGCCGAGGGCGUGCCGCUGCCGCGCGGCCCCGCGCCCCUGCCCGUCAUCGGAAACCUGUGUGACCUCACCGGACUUGCUGGCGGCGGCAAGGACAUCCCGGGGCACCCAGACGGUGGCUUGCACAUGCACAUCCCCAGGCUCGUCUCCGAGUACGGCGGCCUGUUCACGCUCGAGAUCCCCUCGGGGCUCGUCGGCCUGCCGCUGCAGAAGCUCGGGGGCCCCACCGCGGUGGUCGCGGACCCGGACCUGCUCGGCGAGAUGUUCCGCCGCCCGGAGGUCUUCCAGAAACGGCUCUUCAAGCACAGCGCGCUGCGCAAGGGCGUGGCGGGCCAGGGCCUCUUCACCACGGACGACGACGAGCCCAUCCACGACCAGGCCGCCCGCAUCCUGCUGCCGGCCUUCUCCAUGAAGGGCAUGCAGGAGUACUUCUCGAUCAUCCUGGACACCACCGAGACGCUCGUCCAGCAGUUCAACCGCCGAGGCGGUGCCGGCGCCAUCGACCUGCAUCCGCUCUUGAGCUGCUACACCUUCGACAUCAUUGGCAGGGUCGGCUUCGGUCACGACUUCCGGUCCCUGACCGAGCCGUGCCGCUUCCUCGACCUCUUCACGGAGUUCUCCGAGGCUCGGCUGCGUCUGAACGGGGGCGUCGGGGGCAGCUUCGCGCCCACCAAGCUGGUGGCGGGCAUGAUGUCUGGAGAGAUUGCGCACCUCCAGCGCAUCCAGGGCCAGAUCGCGGAGGAGAUACAGGCCCUGAUCGCGGCCAAGAAGCAGAGCUGCACGGGCGGCGGCGGCGGCGGCAGCGGCGGCUGCCCGUUCAGCGGCGCUGCAUCGGCGGACCCCAGCGGUUGCCCGUUCGCCGCGGCCGCCGGUGGGGAGGGCGGGAGGGCGGUGAAGGACAUGGCGGCCCGCAUGCUCACCGUGCCAGACCCGGAGACAGGCGAGAUGCUCCCCAGCGACAACGUCGUCAGCCAGGCCGCGACAUUUCUCGUCGCUGGGCACGACAGCACUUCCACCGCGAUCACGAUGCUGCUGUACCACGUGGCAUCGAACCCGGACGUGGAGGAGAAGGUCUACAAUGAGGUGAUGUCCAUCGUUGGCCACGGCCCGAUCACGUGGGAGGCGCUGGGCAGAAUGAAGUACUGCACGCAGGUGGUCAAGGAGAAUCUCAGGCUUUUCGCGCCCGCGCCGAACUUCGUCAAGUCGAGCCCGCCCGACGAGGAGGUCAGCCUGGGGCCAUACCGGAUCCCGCCAGGCACCAGCCUGUUCUGCAGCAUCUGGGGCCUCCACAGGAACCCGAAGGUCUACCCCGAUCCCCUGAGGUUCGACCCGGACCGCUGGUCGGACGAGAACGCCGCCGGGAGGUCCCCCUACGCGUGGCUGCCGUUCAGCUAUGGCAAGCGCGCCUGCAUCGGGCAGCAGCUCUCGCUGAUCGAGCAGCGCGUGUGCCUCGCCACGCUCUGCCGCCGGUUCCACCUGCGGGUGGACCCCGCCACGAGGCUCUCCGUGACCGCCCCGCUGUUCCUGGACCCGCAGGGCAUCCUCCUGAAGUGCGUCCCGCGAGGCGCGGAUGUCGAGAGGCCUCCUCCGUCGGCUCCGGCGGUGGCGGCCGCCGCCUCGGCGCGGGUGCACGACGUCCGCGAGGUGGAGGAGCUCAGGGGCAAGCGGCUCGUGGUGCUGUUCGGCUCCAACAUGGGCACCUGCGAGGACCUGGCGGACCGCGCCGCCUCGACGGGCCAGCGCAUCGGCAUGGUGGUGGAGAAGCACCCGAUGGACCGGCUGGCAUCGGGCCUCCAGCUGCCCAAGGGCGCAGACGGCGCUACCAUUGUCGUCACGAGCGUGUACAAUGGGCAGCCGCCCGACAACGCCCGCCGCUUCAGCGAGUGGGUCGACAGCCCCAGCGCCCAGGCCGCGGUGGCGGGUGCGCGCUUCGGCGUCUUCGGGUGCGGCAACAGGCAGUGGGCGGCCACGUACAUGAAGUUCCCGCGCCGGGUGCAGGAGCGCCUCGAGAGCCUGGGCGCCGAGUCGAUGAUACCGCUCGGCGAGGGCGACGUGGACGGCGGGGAGGCCGAGUUCAGCUUCGUCCGCUGGCUCGUCUCUGCGUCGGUGGCGCUCAUGCGCGCCCACGGAGCCCAGAUCCCCGAGAGUAUCAAGGAGAGCAUGUACCCAAAGCCCCCCGUCUACGAGGUGCUGCUGAAGCUGGGCGCCACGGCGGAUGACAUCCCGAUCGAGGUAGCGAGGGCCAACGCCGAGGAGUCAAAGCAGCGGGCCUUGAACUCGUUCCUCGCGGGCAACCGCGCCUUCCUGGCGAACGUGACGAGCAAUCGCGAAUUGCUGACAGCACCUGGGCGCUCCACCCGUCACAUAGAGGUGGAGCUCCCAGAGGGAACCAGCUACCUGGCGGGCGACCACCUCGGCGUCGUGGGCGCCAACCCGGACGACGUUGUCCUCGCCUACAUGGACCAGCUCGGCCUGGCGCACGACGCGGUGGUGCGCCUGGAGCUGGAGGAGGGCCAGUCUCUGUCGACCGUGCCGCUGGGCAGGCAGGUGAGCGCCUUCGUCGCGCUGGCCCGCCACUUCGAGCUCCAGCAGCCCGCCUCCCGCCCCCAGCUGCACGCCCUCGCGAAGCUGGCCGCCGACGCCGCAGAGGCCGAGCACCUGCGCGCGCUGGCGGAGUACGGGCGCGGCAACACCGGCGAGCUGCCGGAGGGGUGCCCCGACGAGUACGAGCGCCACGUGCUGCGGCCCAGGCGCACGAUCCUGGAGAUCCUUCGUGAGCACCCGUCCGUCAACGCCCCCGCGGGCGUGGUGCUCGGGAUGCUGCCGCCGAUGAAGCCGCGGUACUACUCGAUCUCGUCCUCGCCGAAGGUCUCGCCCAGGACCGCGACCAUCUCUGUGAGCGUCGUGCAGGGCCGCUCGCCCACGGGGCGGCUCCACCUCGGCCUGUGCUCCACCUGCCUCCGGUCCCAGACGGGCCAGACGCCCUACCCGCCCACCGUCAUGCCCCGCCGGCCGCUGGGCCCCUCCGGGCUGGGCGUGCCCCUGGUGGCCUUCGUGAAGGACACGGGCUCCUCCUUCCGGCUGCCAGCCGGCGACGUGCCGGUGAUCAUGGUGGGCCCAGGCACCGGUGUGGCCCCGAUGCGUGGCUUCAUUCAAGACCGCGUGGCAGAUGGCAGGUCUGAGAACGUGCUCUUCUUUGGCUGCCGGGACGAGUCCGACUACAUAUACCGCAACGAGCUGGAGGCCUGGGAGAAGGAGGGUUGUUUGAAGCUGUUUGUUGCGUUUUCGCGGAAGCAGGGUACUCCGAAGACGUACGUGCAGGAUAUUAUCUCGCAGGAGGCAGCCUUGGUAGCGGAGCACGCCAGGAGAGGCGGUUAUAUCUACAUUUGCGGCGAUGCCUCUAAGAUGGCUCCCGAUGUGAAGGCCACUUUCGCCCGCGUGCUCACAGAAGCAGGCUUGGGGGACGAUUGCGUGGAGAAGAUGAUGGCCGAAGGCCGGUACUGCGAGGAAACGCACUCGGGCUGCGUGGCCCCGCUGGGCUGGGUGGGGCACCCCGGCAGCAGCUCUGCCGUGGUCAAGGGGCUCAGCUUUUGGGCCGCCGAUGGGCAGCCAGAGAGCCAGGGCGCGGACCUGCCGGAGACCCAGGAGGUGUACGCGGACCUCCCCGACGAGGCCGACGAGGCGCCCGUGGCGCUCGUCGCGCCGCCGGCCCCCGCUGCACCCGACCCUCCCGCGGCGCCCAGUGCCGCCGCCCUCGCCCCCGUCGGGCUCGUGGCGCCCGAGCCUCCCGCGGCCCCCGCGGCGGCCGAGGCGGCGCCGGAGGCCCCCGCGGCUCAGGCGGCGCCAGUGCCGCAG